GUACGCUCGUAUGUCGGAAUAAUGACAGGAUAGAUUAUCCAGCAGCGCUAGAUUGUUAGCAAGUUCGCUAAUCUGUAAAGAUGAAAAUAAAGAGAAGCGAUCAGUGUUAAUAAAGGGCUGGAACUUGUAUGGCUGGCUAAACACGGGCUGGAGAGGAUCGCCGCUGGUGUGUGGAGAAGUAACCGAACAUCCUCCGUCAGCUAGAUGGUAUAAGCCGCUUACGAGCGGGGAGGCUGUGCUGAGUCAUUUUUGCUAGCUACAUGGGAGAAACUGAAAGUGUUUUCACUGCAGUCAGCUGGUCAGUACGUUUUGGAAGGUUUGGUAUGUUGAUGGUCGAAGACUAACAGGCAGUGAGCAAAGCCGAACCCCAUUCAAAGUGACUGGUGAAGUUUCCUCAGUAACACCGAGCGGCAGGUGAAAACAUCGCUAGUUUAGGUAUCUGCCUCAUUCAUCCGGCUAAGAGCUGUGAUGCCGUAUCUACUUUAAUUAGCAGUGAUACGUAAUCAGAUAUUGACAGUCAUGUCAUUGUUAUGUAGCAUUUGAAUUGCUCCUUCUAGUUAUGCUUUCCCCGAAAUGAUGGUAAGUAGGCGUUACUAGUCGCUCGUGACACUGGAACCUACUCGGGAUAACUAGCAUGUUGACCAGGGUUAUAUUCACGGUGCGCGUACUGCCGGUGACUGAACUAUCAUAAGACACGUGGGGGGGGGGGGGAGGUUCAUUUUAUUAUGGUUUCAAUUAUAAGGUGCAGUAGUUUCAAUUAAGGUACGGGAUUUGUGAAGGGAAAGCAGUGAUGACGGGUGAAGCUCACAUACGGUGUCGUUUGGAGGAAGUCACUCACCAAGUUGGAUGCUUGACAGGCUCGUUAAGAAUCUGGUUAACAUUAAGAAAAUACUCAGGCGAUUAGUCAAGUGAUUGCAAUAACGACCCCCUCAUAUUGAUGACAGCAGGUCAAAUAUUCUUUUUUUAGAUAAUCUUCAUGCAUCCAUCAGUCUUGUAACUACUUAUUUUUGACGGUUUUGUAGGUGUUUACAUGUUACACCUGUAUAUAUCUUAGUUUUAAUUCUGGUUACCAACCGGCAGUUUGACUCCUCUUAUUUAGUGCCGUAGUCAUCAUUCACACCUCAAGAAAGAUUUUAAGUUUGAGAAGAGGGGACAUUCUUGGGCUCGGUGUCACUACAGUUCAGGUAGCAUCGCGACGCCAACAGCUUGUUAAAUGAAAACUUAAACCAUGUUCAGUUUUGAGGGAGAUUUCAGGACAAGACCCAAAGUGUCUCUCGGUGGAGCCAGCAAAAAGGAAGAGAAGGCUUCCCUUCUGCAUCGCACACAGGAGGAACGGAAAAAGCGAGAGGAUGAAAGGCGAAGGCUGAGAAAUGCGAUAAUUAUUCAGUCAUAUGUCCGAGGAUAUAAGGAUAGGAAGCAGCAGUACGCCAUUCAGAGGAGUGAGUUCGAUCAUUCAGUCUCAGUCUGCCAAGCUCAGUCUUCGGGGGGCGUCCCUGUCAGUGACGGAGGCAGCCUCAGCCUUUUAGUGCGGCAGCUUCUCUUCUUCUAUCGGCAGAGCGAAGACGCGCACCGAUUGAUAUGGAUGUCCCAGUGCCUGGUAAAAGCCAACACCCAAUUUGUGAAGCUUCUAUUGGGACCUGAGAAGCACACGUGCAUCUUUCAGAUUAAGAGGAUUCUGGGAUUGUGCUGCAGGCUUUUGCAGAGCUGCAGACAAGAGAAUCUGAAUGUCACAGCGCCAAUGAGAAUGCUGGAGAUUUUCUCCUCGGAGAUGACCUAUUUGCCCGUUCUCCAAGAUGCUAAUUGUGUAGCAUCUCUAAUCGAGCAGAUUUUGCACUAUAUGGUACAGAAAGGUUACUACAGGUCGCUGUACAUCCUGGUGAACCACAAGCUUCCAUCCAGCCUGGACUACAGCGACUCCCCAUCUGUCCCGCUGGCCGGCACCCUGCUGGAACACACGCUCAAACCCUUGCACUUUACCUACUCCUCCUGCACGGCAGGCGCAAGACAGCACGUGUUUUCUGUCUUCACCGAGGAGUUGUUGACGGGCCCUUUUACGGAGCAGAUGUUUCACUUUUUCAUUCCGGCACUGGCCGAUCCCCGGCAUGCCUUCCCGUUCGAGGGCUUCCUGGCCUCCCUCCGGAGCACGUUGGGCACCUCCGAGGUUGCCAAGAUGCAGGCGCCCUGGCUCUUCUACUUUGUGCUGGCUGUUGGCGAGGAGAACAUAGGCCGUCUGUCAGAGGAGGGGCUUCUGCUCUACCUGCAGGCCCUGCAGUCGCUGUUGCCUCUGCUUCCCGUGUCGGAGACCAAUGUCCGACAGGAGGUCACCAGCGACUCAGAGGAUGAAGAUGACAUUGGUGUGACGGGGCCAACUGCAGAGGAGGACGGGCGCGUGUCGGUGCAGCUGAUCACAGAGGAGUGCAUCCGCAAGCUAGACUCGAAGCAGCAGACCAACGCCCUCCUCAGCUUGGUGUGGAGGGACUCCGCCAGCGAGGAGGUUUUCACCAUGAUGGCUUCUGUCUGCCACACACUCAUGGUGCAGCACCGACUCAUGGUGCCCCGAGUCAGGCUCCUCUACAGCUUGGCCUUCAACGGCAGGUUCCUGAGGCACCUGUGGCAUCUGAUAACAUCUAUGACAACCAAGAUGAUCACUGGGUCCAUGGUGCCCCUGCUACAGGUCAUCUCGCGGGGUUCGCCCAUGUCCCUGGAGGACUCCAACCGCAUCAUCCCGCUCUUCUACUUGUUCAGCUCGCUCUUCAGCCACCUGCUUAUCUCCGUGCACGACAGCGAGUUCUUCGGCUAUUCCGCUGAAGACGCCGCCCCUGCGGGCCUGAGCCGGCCAUCAGUGAUGCCGUUUGCUCCGGUGGAGCUGGUGUCACUGUCUCGCUGCCUCAGAGACGCCUGCCUGGGCAUCAUCAAACUGGCCUACCCGGACACCAAGCCCGAGCACCGCGAGGAGUACGUGGCGGCCUUCCGCAGCGUGGGUGUGCGCACCAGCGCCACCGUGCAGCAGCGCAUACAGGCCGAGCAGAAGCGCUGGGUGCAGCUCUUCAAGGUCAUCACCAACCUGGUGAAGAUGGUGAAGGCAAGGGACACCAGGAGGCCAUUCUGCCCCGCGGGCCACUGGCUCUCCGAGGAGGUCAACAUCCGAGCCGACAAGGUCACCCAACUGUAUGUUCCAUCCGCCCGGCACGUGUGGAGAGCCCGCCGGAUGGGCCGGAUCGGACCGCUGCAGUCUACGCUUGAUGUGGGCUUGGAGCCCCCACAGCUCUCGGUGUGUGAGGAGAGGCAGCUGGCCAUCCUCACCGAGCUGCCAUUCGUCGUCCCCUUCGAGGAGCGGGUCAAGAUCUUCCAGCGACUGAUCUAUGCAGACAAACGGGAAGUCCAGGGCGACGGGCCCUUCCCAGAUGGAAUCAAUGUCACCAUCCGGCGGAACUACAUUUAUGAGGAUGCUUAUGACAAGCUGUCUCCGGAGAAUGAGCCGGACCUCAAGAAACGCAUCCGGGUUCAUCUGCUCAACACCCACGGGCUGGACGAGGCUGGCAUCGACGGGGGCGGCAUAUUCCGCGAGUUCCUCAACGAGCUGCUCAAGUCGGGCUUCAACCCCAACCAGGGCUUCUUCAAGACCACCAACGAGGGCCUCCUGUACCCCAGCCCCAGUGCAGAGAUGCUGGUCGGAGACUCCUUCACCAGGCACUACUACUUCCUGGGCCGCAUCCUGGGCAAGGCGCUCUACGAGAACAUGCUGGUGGAGCUGCCCUUUGCCAGCUUCUUCCUGUCCAAGCUGCUGGGCACCAGCGCAGAGGUAGACAUCCACCACCUGGCCUCGCUGGACCCGGAGAUGUACCGGAACCUGCUCUUCCUAAAGAGCUAUGAGGAGGAUGUGGAGGAGCUGGGCCUCAACUUCACUGUGGUCAACAAUGACCUGGGGGAGGCACAGGUCGUCGAACUGAAGCCAGGAGGCAAGGACAUCCCAGUCACCAGCGGAAACCGCAUCGCAUACAUCCACCUAGUGGCCGACUACCGGCUCAACAAGCAGAUCCGACCGCACUGCCUGGCCUUUCGCCAGGGCCUCGCCAAUGUGGUCAACCUAGAAUGGCUGCGCAUGUUUGACCAGCAGGAGUUCCAGGUGUUGAUAUCCGGUGCUCACAUCCCCAUCUGCCUCGACGACCUGAAGAAGUUCACAAACUACUCGGGUGGGUACUCCGCUACCCACCCCGUCAUUAAGAUCUUCUGGGAGGUGGUGGAGAGCUUCACGGACGAGGAGAAGCGCAAGCUGUUGAGGUUCGUCACCAGCUGCUCUAGGCCGCCGCUCCUCGGAUUCAAGGAGCUGUAUCCAGCCUUCUGCAUCCACAAUGGGGGUAACGACCUGGAGCGCCUUCCGACGUCCAGCACCUGCAUGAACCUACUGAAGCUGCCCGAGUUCUGUGACCCACAGCAGAUGCGUAACAAGCUCCUAUACGCCAUAGAGUCUUCGGCAGGCUUUGAGCUCAGCUGAGUGGCGCCCCCUGGAGACAAGGGUGGGAAUGAAAGGAAAGGCCGUGGGGGGCAUUUUACAUAACCUGCCCUGGAAAGGGUGGUGGU